GCUAUAACCCGCACACAGAACACCGUACAAGCCACGUGAUCCACGAGCGCGCACGGUCAUAGCAAGUCUCGUCACCGCACCAGCUCUCGCCUCCUCGAUCGCCAUGGCCGUCGCCGCAGCCGACGCGCGCGAGGUGCUUCCUGGCGCGGGGCGCGACCACGUGGUGGUCUUCCCGCUCAUGGCCAAGGGCCACACGCUCCCGCUCCUCCACUUCGCCGCGGCGCUCGCCGUGCACCAUGGGGACGAACUCCGCGUUACGGUCCUCACCACCCCGGGAAACGUCGCCUUCGUGCGCCGCCGCCUCCCGGCGCCCGUCCGCAUCGUCGCGCUCCCGUUCCCCGCGCACCCGGAGCUGCCGGCUGGCGUCGAGUCCACCGACGCGCUCCCCUCGCGGUCGCUAUUACCGGCGUUCCUGCGCGCCACGGCGCUGCUCCGGGAGCCCUUCGCGGGGUACCUGGCCUCCCUCCCCUCUCCGCCGCUCGCACUCGUCUCCGACUUCUUCCUCGGGUUCACGCAGCGCGUGGCGAGCGAGGCCGGCGUCCGCCGAAUCACGUUCCACGGCAUGUCGGCCUUCUCCCUGGCCCUCUGCUUCUCCCUCGCGAUCAAAACGCCUCCGGCCGCGAGCGUCCACGACGGCGUCCCCUUCCGCGUGCCGGGAUUCCCGGAGAGCGUCACGAUCACAGCGGACGAGGUCCCGCAAGCUGUGGCGCAGGCGGCCGACGUCGACGACCCGGUGACCCGGUUCUUGGCCGACGAGGUCCGCGACUGGGACUACCGCAGCUGGGGCGUCCUGGUGAACAGCUUCGCAGCGCUAGACGCGGACUACGCCGCGAUCCUCGAGUCGUUCUAUCUCCCCGGGGCGCGCGCCUGGCUCGUCGGCCCGCUGUUCCUCGCCGCCGCCGAGUCGUCCGAGGGCGACGACGACCCGGAAGGCUGCCUCCCGUGGCUCGACGAGCGGGCGGGGCGUCCCGGGUCGGUGGUGUACGUAUCCUUCGGCACGGAGGUCCACGUCAGCGCCGCGCAGCUCGACGAGCUCGCGCGAGGGCUGGUGGACUCCGGCCACGCCUUCCUCUGGGGCGUGCGGUCCAACGCGUGGGCGCCACCGGUGGACCCGGGGUCCGACGGUAAGAUUGUCAGGGGGUGGGUCCCGCAGCGCCGCGUGCUGGCGCACCCGGCUGUGGGAGGGUUUGUGAGCCACUGCGGCUGGAACUCAGUGCUGGAGAGCCUCGCCGCCGGCCGGCCGAUGCUGGAGUGGCCCGUGAUGGCCGAGCAGGCCGCGAACGCGAAGCACGUGGCUGACAUCAUCGGCGCCGGCUUCCGCGUGGGGACGAAGACCAGCGGCUCAACGGCCGCGGCGGAGGCGCUAGUCGGCAGGGCGCAGGUGGCGGAGAAGGUCCGGGAGCUCAUGGACGGCGGCGAGGCGGGGCGGAGGAUGCGCGCCAGGGCCGAGCACGUCCGGCAGGCGGCGCGGGCAGCUGUUGGCGAGGGCGGGACGUCGCGGCUGGCGCUGCGGCAGCUGGUGGAUGAGCUGCAGAGCAGCCACGACGGCGGCGACGGCCGGCGGAGCGAUCAACAGUACGAGUAAUGCCAGUAGCAAUCGUCAAACGUGUCGAUGGCGCGGCAGGGCCCAUGCAUGGGCGAGGGCGAUGGAGAUUUCGCAUGAGCCCACAGGCCACAGCCACAGAUCACUGGCGCAGUUCAAAUCGUUUGUUGUUUUUUUCCAUGGGCGUAGCCGGGCAGAGGGUUACCUAUUUAUAUUAAAAUAAGUGAGUUGCUAAUUUUCCAUGGAAACAAGUAUAUAUUUUACUCGAUAACAACAACAGUUAAAU